AUGAAAAAGCAAAACCAAUGUAUCCAUUGCUUUAAAACUUUUGCUUCCACUAGUUCUCUUUGCCGUCACAACAGGUUAGUACAUUACAUACAGCCUAAGGAGUACUUUCAAAAUUUUGAAUGUACAUUUUGCCAAAAAAAAUUGCAUGCUUCUUCCUCAUUACAAAGGCACAUCAAAACUUUUCGUUCCUCCGUUCCUGAUACAUCUCCUACAGACUCCAAACUACAAUGCACAUAUUUUUAUGAUUCCCGAAUUAAUCCAGAAACAUCCCUUGCGCUGCCUUCUUAUGCUCUACCCUCUUCAUUAAUUCCUCCCACUACUUCUUAUUCAUGUACCCUUACUGCUUCACAAACUUCUUACACAACUCUUCCUGCUUUGCCAAAUCCUUCUACAUCAUUUGCUUCUUCACCAAUACCAACGACAUCCUUCCAUUCAUAUGCUCUUCCUGCUACAUCAAUCCCUACGACAUCCUUCCAUUCAUAUGCUCUUCCUGCUUCACCAAUUCCUACAACAUCCUUCCACUCGGAUGCGCUUCCUGCUUCACCAAUUCAUAUGACAACCGCUAAUUCCAAUACUGUUUCCUUUAUUCGACAACCAUCUUCCCCACUACUUUCCCAAUCAUCCAUAUCGCUCACAUUCUUUCCAGUGACCCCAACGCGACCCAGACCCCAAGAUAAUGCUUCGCUGUACUCAGAACAUUUUACAGGUUCUCCAAGGGUUCUCAGAAUUACUUGCCCCAUUGAGGAUUGCGGGAAUGCUUACACACGGUACAGCGCACUACAAAAACAUAUUGAAUGUCAUCAUCACAUCAAUAUUGAACACAAAGACAAACUGUUUUCUUCUAUUAAUGCUGGAAAACUGAGAUGGAACAGAACAGUAUUACGUCAUAUGUGAAGGACACUGCAGCAUACAUAACAAAAGACAAUUGCUGCACCAUUCAAUAUUAUAAUUGCCAUCGAUCACACA